AUGCUGCAGGCGAUGAGCGGUGACGCGGUCCGGGGCCCGGAGCACCGGGUGGUGGCGCCGGCUGGGACGGAGGUGGACAUGAUGUCACUCUGCUACUUGGCGUUCCCGCACGAGGACGCCAUCAUUGUCGGUCAGGAGAUGUACAGAGGGUUCAGCUACGAUGAGUUUCGGGAGCAGGUGCAGGCGGACGUGAAGGCCACCGGCGCCAAGGUCAGCCUUGGCCGCUUUCGCAUCCCCGUCAGUGGAUCAUAGUCAUAAUCAUUGGACUUGGACGGAGCAAGAGCAAUGAAAGCCUGAUCCACCGAUGUGGAGUUGUGGACGGAGCAGAGCAGAGUAGAAUACAGCACGGCUGCUAUUCGUAUAUGUUGUACCCGGCCGUCUUAUGCUUAGUGGGCUGGCUCUCGUGCGUCCGUGCUCCAUAUAUGUAUGGAUCAAAUCCGCACCACCCAUGUAUGGAUCAUCGAUCAAAUCACAUCGUAACAGCA